AUGCAGCAGAAGAGCCUCACGGAGACGGAGUCGAGACGCACACUUCCCACUUGCAUGGGAGUUGGCGAUUGGAUGCUUGCGGUAGGUGAUGAUGUUAUGUGAUGCAGGUGUUGGUGGGAGAAUGUGAGGACAGUUGGGGCGGAUGCGUCGGGUGUAGGUUGGUGUUCCAGGCACUGAUUCGCCAGUCUCCGUGCGAUGGAUUCGCAAGUGACCGACCAGGCUGAUGCAUGAGGUCAAGGUACGAGGGCAGUGUGGACAGGAUAGGUCGGGGUUUCAGUUUCGGAGAUGGUGGCAGUGGUGGAGCUUCUGGUGGUGGACGCGCUGGGUGACGGGGUGUGGGUUGAGCUAGGCGUGGUGGAUGUGUCGAGACUGCGGUCAAUUCCGCUCUCGUGAAUACGCAUGUGGCCGAAUAGGCCCACGCGGUGAGUGAAUGUGUGGGAGCAGUGUGGAUAGUGGAAGUGAAUGCGGCGGGUGUUUGUUGGUGCUCCAGGCACUGGCUCGUCAGUAGCUGUGCGGUGGGUUCACAAGUGACCGAUCAUGCCGAUGCGUGAGAUGAAGGUGCGAUCGCAAUGAGGACAGGUAUGGGCCGAGUCCAAAUCGCUGGUGUUGGGGAUGGUGAGUUUGAUGUAUGUCGGUUUGUUAGGAUUAAGUGGAGUGGUGGCGGAUGCAGGAGCCGUCGCAGCAGAUGUUGUGGCGAUGGAGAACGAUGGCAGGGGGCUUCAGAAGUGCGCUCAACGUUGAUUGUCCGAGAGGGGGCGAGACAGAUGCGAACGGCGCGACACCGUGUGGUGUAGUCCAGAUGCUGCAGCUGACUCGAAGAUGUCCAUUGAGACCGAUUAUUGCCCGGAACGUCCGCUGACAUAUGAGAUGGUCGGAGACGAUUGAUUAUUGGUAUUGCAAGAUGGGACAGAUAAGAUUUACGAGCUUCGCGUUUGGCUUUGGCAGCGGUGAUACGGUUUACUUCGUAGAUUGUUGCACCAGUCUUCAUUUCACUCCACCAGAUCGGUAAGUUCAGGACGAGGCCAUCCCAGUGGGCCGGGCCGGGAAUUCUUCAUUGUCCUUUUGGCGUUGUUUCAGUCCUCGCGGUCGACGAGCACUGAUGGAAACAUCUCCGUAGAAGUAGGCGAGCGUCGCCCAUUCACACCAGAUGCUCGCUGUAUCGCAGUUGAAGUUGAAUCAAGUAGCGUAGAUGCUGAGGACUCCGACUCCUUCCAGGAAUUCCGUGUCGGGGAUGCUGUCUUGCCAUCUCAGCUACAGUAUUCUGCGAAGACGGCUGAGAUGGAAGUGGUUGGUAUUACUGACAUGGCUUGCGUAGAUAGUCCAGGUCACCACUACGUACAAGAGUGUCGCCAUGACAACGACCUUACACAUCCUCAGUUUGGUGUUCAGUUGAAGGCUGUGACGAUUCCACACAGGCUAUUGCUGCCGGUCGAAGGUUUGACUGGCUUUGGAGAACCGGUGGGCAACCUCAUCGUCGAUUCUGGUGCCAUUGGAAAGUGUGCUGCCGAGAUAAGCAAAAUUAUCCACGGGGUUUGA